AUGUUCAAAUUCCUGUUGAUCUGCGUUGUUAUCGGCCUGGCCGCCGCCUCUCCAGUGGCUCCAUCGAGUGACGAUGUGCACGCCGAGGUGCUGAACCGCAAGGAGGAUGUCCGUGCCGAUGGCUUCGAUGCCGCCCUGGAGACUAGCAACCACAUCUCCCGCACGGAGUCCGGCGAUGUGCACGGCAACAUCCAGGGUAAAUUCGGCUGGAUUUCGCCCGAAGGCGAGCACAUCGAUAUUGCCUAUAUCGCCGAUGAGAACGGAUACCAGCCAAAGAGCGAAUGGAUCCCAACCCCACCACCAAUCCCAGAGGCCAUCCAGCGCUCCCUCGAUUGGCUGGCUGCCCAUCCCGGUGCACCCGAGCACUAA